AUGGGAGACGCAAUCAUCAAGCGCAAUCCUCACCCGGAUUUUAAGGGGGUUGAGGCUUCGAGACCGGAGCUGGAUGCCAAGUCUCAGUUUCGCUACACCAAGACUGUUGAUGCGGAUUGGACUUUUGGUGAGGGUGCGAAUAAGUUGGGCAAGGAUGAUGGCGAUAAGAAACAUGUCACCAUAGAUCCUCAUGAGGAGGGUCGCCCUGCGGGGUUCAACUACAAGCUUCUCAUCUCUGCCAUUGUACCGCGUCCUAUCGCUUUCGUGAGCAGUCAAGCUCCGGAUGGUACAAAGAAGAACCUCGCUCCAUUCAGUUACUUCAACAUGAUGAGCCACGAUCCGCCCAUGUUUGUUGUUGGUUUCGCCUCUGGGCUCGAAAAUGCGAAGGAUACACUUCGCAACGUCUCCGACUCCGGCGAGUGUGUUAUCAACAUCAUCUCAGAGCACUUCAUCGAAGCCGCAAACUCAGCAAGCGUCAACGCCCCUGCUGAUGUAUCUGAGUGGGAUAUCUCAGGCCUGACACCCAAGUACGACUGUGAGACCGUCAAGUGUGCUCGAGUGGGCGAGGCUAUUGUCAGCAUUGAGUGCAAGCUCGACAUGCUCAAGGAGUUCGACAGCAAGGCACGACCUGGAAACAAGUCUGGCUGCAUGGCUGUUUUCGAGGGAACUCGAUUCUGGGUUCGAGAGGAUGCAUUGAACGUGGAUAAGAAUAUGGUUGAUCCUGGUGUGUUGAAGCCAGUCAGCCGAUUAGGAGGAAUCACAUAUGCAAGAGUUACUGAGGCGUUUGAGAUCCCCAGAACAGAUUUUGAUAAGGACGUCGGUGGCCAAGAGGGAGUUGAAAAGAUACAAAAGCAAAAGAACUGA